ACGACGUUCGAUCUGCGAUGACGAUAGCUUCAUGACGUUGGCUAAGUCGAGCUUUGAGGCCGACACCUUGUAUUCUGUCCUUGAACCUCACGGGCCUUCCAAGUAAUAGUACACUCCAAUUCGUUGCGAAGUUCUGGCCGAACGAUAAUACCUAUCUAGAAUCUUUAACGCUCUGCAUGCACUCCACUUGAACCUCAGCUUAUGGACGAUGCACCGGAAACCUGUCUAGUCAUCAGACUUCAAUGGUGCACCUGAGGACACCUAACUUCCGUCCACACUGUGUUCGCGCCGGUCUCAAGUGCGUUCACUUUCCGAACGGUAAAAUACCGGUUCGCGUUACGCGAAACUGUCAGUGAAAGUUAUUACUGAUGCACAUCUUGAGAGCGAAUGUAUGAGAUGGCAAGGACACUUGACCUUGUCAUGCACUUCAUUCUUCGUCGUAUCCGAGUUUUAGCCGUUUGACUUUUUCAACUUCAGUCGAGGUUCAUUCAAUUCUCGGAGAAGGCCGCGGAUGAGGUGUCAAACCUCGCUAUAUAAGCUCAACGUCGACGAAGACUGGGAGUACUUUGACCUCAUUUCGAAGUAAGCUGCAGUAUGUUCAAGCUCGGGCUCUCUGUGCUGUCGCUUUCUGCACUUGUAAGCGUUGUUGUAGCUCAGCAACCAGUUUGGGCACAAUGCGGAGAUAUUGGCUGGACAGGCGGGACCACUUGUGUUGCGGGGACGACAUGUACUGUUCUUAAUGAUUAUUACAGCCAAUGCAUCCAGGGGACCGUUUCCACGACGCCUUCACAGCCCACAACGACCACCUCUAUCAUCACAACCACAACCUCUACUGGCGGUUCGACUCCUACAGGUACCAAUCAACCCAACUUCUGGUUCAGCUUUGGCGAUUCAUACACUCAGACUGGAUUCACAACGGACGGGGCUGCUCCAUCCGUAGGCAACCCACUCGGUAACCCACCCUACCCUGGAUAUACCGCAGUCGGAGGAACGAACUGGAUCGAUUUGAACACUGUUACCUAUAACAAGUCACUCAUCCUCACUUACAACUACGCCUACGGUGGUGCUACUAUUGACGCUACCCUUGUCCAACCCUACGAGCCCACUGUUCUUUCUUUGACUGAUCAAGUAAACGAGUUCUUGACCACUGUGGCUAGCAAACCUGCUAAUGCAUCUUGGACGAGCGAUAACGCGCUGUUCUCGUUCUGGAUUGGAAUCAAUGAUAUUGGUAACUCCUACUAUCUAUCUGGGUCAAGGGAUGCGUGAGUUCUCCAGUCUUAUUCUUGACAUGGAAUACUAGCUCGCGAACUAGAAACGUCAUGUUUUGAUAGGUUUUCGGACACGCUCUUGGAUGCUUAUUUCGCUCUGGUGCAGAAAGUCUAGUAAGCUCUGGCCUUUUCUUUUCUGUC